AGCCGGUUAUCGCCGCUCCAGUUCGAAUCGUACCGCGCGGGUGUCAACAAGCCAGUGACAAGCCAUAGUCCCCCAGUUCCGCCAACCCUGAGAAGAAAUUCGACUAAACGUGUGAGAAACGCCAGAAGCUUACGGUGAUCCAAAGCUUGGGCGUGGCGUGGCGGUUCACAAAUUCAGACUAGCUGUAAAGGAACUCGAGCGCGCGCGCACUUGCACGGUGGUCAAGAUCAAGUUCGCGAUCAAUUCAUUCCUCUGUUAUUAUCUGCAGGCGCUGUAGAAAAUAACGGCGUGGCGUGGGAAAGCAGCUUAAGCCACAUGGACUGAGUUGUUUCUAAGUGAUUUAUUGAGUUCAGUCAUAUCGAUAGCGGAGAGAAAUUAAUAGUGCCCUGUCGGUUCAAGCAUGGGAACACAUUUCGUUGCUGCAUGAUUAAAGAAAUGUGAUGUGAUUUGUUGCUGUCGGUCAUUGAUUCGAAUGCAGAUUAUGAGCGGUGAUUGAUUUGCGAAAAUGGAACUGCCUAAUUUGGUAGCAUGGUUUGGAGCCAUUGUGCUGACAGCUGUGCCUUUGGUGAAUAGUGGGCCUUAUCACCGUACAGCAGAUUCCUACUACAACUCGAAUAGAUUCAUCCAGUUUGGUAAAGAUACACAAAACAGAAUUUACAACUUUUACCAACACGGACCCAACCAAUCCGAGAAACUCAUCGAUAACAAUGAAGUUUGGCCAGAGGGUACAACAGGCAGCUCAAUGUCACAGGAUUCUUUUUCCUACCGCGAAGAAGAUGACUUCGGUCCAUCGAACUGGGGGGCACUGAAUGCGACCUGUGAGGGCAUGUAUCAGAGUCCAGUCAACCUGAUCGCCAAUCGCUCUUCGAUCGUUCAUCGGAAGCGACCCCUCGAGCUGCAGGGUUCUGGAAACAUACCGAUCAGCAUGGUAGUGGAAAACGAAGGAGGUGUGGCAGCUUUUUUCCCACAAUUCAGGAAGGAUGAUCAACCGAUUCUUCAAGGGGGGCCACUACGGGGGGACUUUCGGUUCUACCAGUUUCACUAUCAUCUGGGGUCGGAGCAUACGUUCGAUAGGAAGCGCUACUCGACGGAGAUGCAUUUGGUGUUCUACAAUGGGUUGUAUGGGUCGUUUAAGGCCGCCCGGGAUCAGGCCAAUGGGGUGGCUGUCAUAGCACUGGUUUUCGAAGUACUGAAAAGUGGAAGAAUUGAAUCGCUGAACAAGUGGACUCAAUUUUUGAACGAAGUAGCUGAGGCGGGCAGUGAAUACAGCAUACCGCGUCAUAAAUUGUUUUCGGUUGGCCAUGUUUUGGGAGACAUUAGGUGGCCAUAUUUUGCAUACGAAGGCAGUUUAACGACGCCACCCUGUUCGGAGACAGUGCAGUGGAUUGUGGCUAGCGAGCGGAGGCCGUUGACGCGUAGCGAGUUGAAAGCUAUGCGAGCGUUAAAAGGAAGAGGUGGAGAUUGGGUCCAGACGGCACGACCUGUGCAGGCCCUGAACUUCCGCAGGGUGUUCAUCUAUUAAUAUGAGCGAGUAACGAAAUAAAAAACUAUGAGUUGUGUGUUGGUUUAAUUUAAUAUAUGUAUACUGCCACGCGUAUUGAUACAUUUGAAUCAAUAAAGAAAAAUACCUCGCUCCCUAUAUCAAUACAACAUUGUGCCAUUGAAAAUUGAAGAUUGAAAACGGAGACAAAUAAAUAAAGUUAUAACAUUUAAAAAGUAAACCCAUAUGCACUAAAAGUUAGUGAACAUUAAUAAUCAUCAGAAGACCACAUACUAGCACCCAGCUUAUAUGCAAUUACUGUGUAAUUAGUUAUAUGCCAUCAUGAUUGAAACCAACCUUAAUUAUUAUCAUAAGU